AUGGUCAGUGCGGACAAACUUCGUACCCAGCAAGAACUCGAACGUCUCCAAGCCAAAUUCAUUGGCACGGGCCAUGCCGAUACGACGAGCUGGGAGUGGCGAACGAACAUCCAACGCGACACAUACUCUUCUAUCGCCGGCCAUCGCCCGCUCCUGUCGUACAUUGCCCUGGCCGAGAAUGAACCGCUGACGAAAACGAGGGCGAAGAUGAUUCGGAAAAUGCUGCAACCCGCCGGUCCUCCGCCAGCGCGCGAAGAUUAA